AUGUUAUGAAUGAAUGACUGUUUGGUUAAUAUUAAAGUAAAAUAUAUUUUUAGUCACAAAUGAUAGCCAAAUGAGUGCACAAAACAAAUAAAACUUCUUCAGAGACCAAAUGAUUGGUCAUUAUUACGGCGAUUAUUGUAGUGAUUGUCACCAACGACAACAUCACACAAGAAGAAGUAGUGGUCAUUUGUGAUCGUAUCGCGCAAUGGGUUCGCAAACGGUGUCCAUUUUGACAUCAGGUGUUUGGGCGUCACUGACCGGCGGCUGGUUUUUUGAUCCAAAACAAAGCCACUUCUCUAAUGUCUUUCAUCUAUACGUUUGGCUCGUCUUUCUCUGUCUUCCGUUCGUCAUUCAACUGAUUGCCACUUCUUGGACGCCAUGGAUUGCCUAUUGUAUCAGCAUUGGUGUCAUCUUUACUGUCAUCAAACUGGUUAAUGCAUAUCUUCAUCGACUCUUUGAUUAUGGCGAGUGUGUUGUCGAAGAAAACUCUGCCACUUCUAAGGAGCAAUCGGACGACGAAAACUUUGCCAAUCAAAUGAAAGUCUUCGAGCAAAACGACAACUCAGGGGUUAAUGGAAACGAUAAGAAGGAAAACAUCGAAAUGAUUGUCAUCGCAGACAAUACUAAUGGCAACGAAUCUACAAGAAGUGAUUCGAUUGGUUUGUUUCAGAAGACAUCAAGUAAUAGCAAUUUAAAUCACAGUAACAACGAUUGUAAUGAAAGAAUGGCCACAAAUAAUGCGACGACAAGUGUUAUAGAUCUUGAGGUUGAUGUUCAUCACCGAAAUAGUUCCGGUUCUUCGAUUGGUUUGGCAUCGGAGCCGUCGAAGGUUCUUAAUAGUAAUAACAUGAACUCGUCACUCGUUGCCAUUACUAGUUGUUCAACACUAAUGACUACAUCGACAACAACUUGUGGCCAAACUUCAGAAACAGUGCCUGAAGUGACUGACAAUGAAGUUAUAUCGCAUAUAAGUGCGAUAAGUGAUAUCAAUUUGUUGACCAAAAAGUGUGAAAAUGUAGACAAUAGUGACCACCAACUCGUGAAGGGGACAUCACUUGAGUUGGGAUUUAUGGCUCAGGACCCGGCAGUGCUCAGGGCUCAGACCAACCCAAUCAAUGAAUCUCAUUCCACAAGAAAAAGAGUAGAAAAUGUUGUCCGAAGAGCUCAUAGCGAAUUGGAGACAACGCAAUGUACAUCAGAUAAAAAACUGUCAUCUGUUCCGCCAUCACAUCCUGUAAGUCUUGAAAUAAUUACAACGACACAAAUAGAUGACUCUGUGGAUGAUAUUUCCAAUAAUGACAGCGAAAUUGCUUUAAGACAUACGACACCCAAUUUAAAUGAAAAGAAUUGCCAACAAAACAAUGAAAAUGUAAAAACUGGAGAAAGUCCACAAAAUAAAGACAAAAUCACACAAACUAUUAGUAGUUCUUCUAUUAAUAGUUCAAAGAAGACAAUUAAAACAAUUGAUGAAACUGAGACACAAACCACUGAAACUGAAGUACUGAAUGAGUCGCCGACGAAGAAAAUAAAAUCCAGUGAUUGCGAUGACGGAGACGAAAGUGAUGUAUCACUUGUUGUCAAUUAUUGCCAAAAAGUAAAAAAACGAAAAGUUCAAAAACCAGCAAAACCGCGGCGAACACUAAACAGAAGAAAUGUGUCCAAGUCUUGUAGUUCGGGGAAGAUAUCGUUAACUAAAAAGAGUGAUAAAGUGAUCCAAUUCAGUGACAACUGUAGUGCCAACAAUGAACUGAUCAAAAAAAGUGCCCAAAACUUUUCAAGUGAAUCAGACAUUGAAAGCAGUCGUAAUGGAAGCAAUUCCUAUACAUCUCGAAGCAGUUCACUGUCAUCGAGCCAUUCAUCUCUAUCUGUGAACGACGAAACUGUUCCAUUGACGGCUGAGAUAAAUAAAAGCAAUUCCUCUAAUUCAAGGACUACAUCAAUGGUCACACCAUUGGAACCCAAAUGUAUUGCCGGUCCAUCCAAACAAAUACCUCAUGAGCUGAAGACUAAUAAAAUUAGAAAAGUUUCUGAAACCAGAUCUAAGAGUGAAAGCCAAGAGUUUGGUCCAAAUCAUGAAUCGAAAGCUUUGAGACAUGAUAUUCAACGAAGAAGAAGAAGCUCUAAAAGAAGUGAACAAAGCGUUAGUUUAUAUUCUCAACAAAAUCUUAAUCAAAACGAACCAAACAGUGAGAUAAUGGCUUCAUUGGCAGCUGCUUUAGAGUCAUCGCAAAAUUUAAAUCCAGAUAACGGUCCGCCACCUUACAUGUUGGCCCGUAUAUUGUCACARCCGGGCACCCAUUUGGCCAAAUCACACGAAGACACCAAUCUUGGCGCUGUUCAUGUAUUUCAAGACGAAAGAGGAAAUUGGUUAACAUAUACUUUCGAUGAUAAUAGUAGUGGUGUUGCCAGAGGUCUUAUGAAUAAUGAUAAAGCAUUGCUCGACAUUGAACUCUAUAAUGCAAUGCGAGCGGAUCAGUCGCGACAAAAGUGGAAUUCUUCGUCGUCGUCAUCGGGAUCUACUGUUGUUUUGGACAGUCCGGCCAAUGUUUUACAUACACCGAAACAAUUAUUCGAAUCUAGUCUAUUAAGGCCACAAUUUAGUGACGCCGCCGCCGCCGCUCCCCAUGACUUAAGUCGAACUCUUCAGCAGCCGAGUGCUAACUCACUGUUUGCCGAAUCGUUUCCAAUCACAGCUUUUCCGAGAACCAGAGGUUCAAGACGUCUUGAUAUAGCGACCAGUAUUUUGUUUAAUCACAGUUCUGGUACCGGUUUGAAUACAACAAAUAUGACUGAAAUGUAUCCGUUAAGAUUUGGCGAAUUUUCAUCGCCAGUUCCUCAACACAAACCGACACAAUACUAUAAAUUAUGGAUAUUUCCAUUUAAAGCAAUCAAAGUUAGAUUCGAUAGGUUAACACUUCUGGCAUUACUUGAUAGAAGUUUGACUACAUUUGAAUUGAUUGCAUCCAUACUAUUGGCUAUAAUGGUGUCCAUUUUUGGCUCAAUUUUACUUUUUAAUAACUUUUUCCACGAUUUGUGGCUAAUUGUUUUUUGCUUAGUUAUUGCUAGUUCACAAUAUACACUUUUAAAGAGUGUACAGCCAGACGCGGCAUCGCCAACACACGGCUAUAAUCGGGUAACCCUAUACAGUAGACCCGUUUAUUUUUGUAUAGCCAGCUCUAUAUUAUUAUUAAGUCAACAUUAUAUGGAUUUAAAUAAGUCAGACAAAUCAUUAUCAUUUGUUAUAUAUGGCAUCGAUCUAUUUAAUGAUACAAUUAUAGAAAUAGUGCGAAACUUAUGUAUUAUAUUUUUGUUAAGUUUUCCACUAUUAUUCAGUUUUGGACUAUUGCCACAAAUUAGCACUUUUUUAAUGUAUUUAUGCGAACAAAUCGAUAUUAAUAUAUUGGGCGGCACUGCGGCCACUAUGGGACUAACAUCUGCCACUUAUAGUCUCUUAAGAAGUAUUAUUGCCAUUUCAUUGCUCUAUUCAUUUGCUUUGGUGGCACUUGUGAACAAUAAAAGCACACAAACGCCAACAUUCUCUGUCUUUUGUGGCCUAUUGUUGUCCACUUGUUAUCACUUAAGCCGAAGUUCAAGCGAUCCAUCACUUUAUUGGAGUCUUAUAAAAAAAUGCUUUCAAUGUCGACAAACUAAAUUUAAUUUUACUAACAGAUCUCAAGAAAAUCACGAUUCAACUCAACUAACUAAUGAUGAUUCCAACUAUGGAAUCAAUGAUUCCAGUGGUGAUAAACCGGGAACAGAAAUUGUGGAUCCAUUGCCACAAAAGUUAGAAAAUACUGUUAUAAUGAGAUUACAAUCGGACUUAAUUUUAUGUGUUUUUAUAACAAUCGUUGUCUUUGCCACUCAUGUCAGCACUAUUUUUACACUUCAACCAUACGUCGAGAUAUUUUUGUUUUUAUGGUCCAUUAUUUGGGGAUUUCUUUUACAUUAUAUUUUGAAUCACUUCCGAAAACAACUUCCGUGGCUUUGUUUUGCUCAUCCGGUAUUCAAAGCGAGAGAAUAUCAUCACUUUGAAGUUAGAGCACAAGCAAAGGUGAUGUGGUUUGAGAAACUUCACGCUUGGCUUUGGCUCAUCGAGAAGAAUGUUAUCUAUCCAUUGGUCUUCUUGAGCGCCAUUACUAAUGAUAGUCAAACAAUACUUACAAAAUAUGGUCUUUAUUUAGGGACACUAAUUGUAGUGAUCUGUGGCUUCAAAUGCUUAAGAAGUACUUUCAACGAUUCGUCUCAUAACCACAUUAUACUUGUUUUCACUUAUUUAUUGUUCAACUUUGAUCUGAGAAUGCGUUCGGAAGCGUUUCUAAUGAAUUAUUUUGUUUUAUCAAUUGUUUACUAUAAGUUUUACGAGUUGUUAUUGAAGGUGCGAUUUGUGGUGACAUAUGUAGCCCCCUGGCAAAUAACAUGGGGCAGUGCUUUCCACGCGUUUGCUCAACCUUUUAGUGUUCCUCAUUCAGCAAUGCUCUUUGUUCAGGCACUUAUAUCUUCAAUAUUGUCGGCACCUUUGCAGCCCAUCCUCGGCAGCGCCAUAUUCUUUGCCUCGUAUGUCAGACCCGUUAAAUUUUGGGAAAGAGAUUAUAAUACUAAACGAGUAGAUCACUCCAAUACAAGACUUGCCUCACAACUUGAAAGGAGUCAAUUGGGUGCCGACGAUAAUAAUCUCAAUUCAAUAUUUUAUGAACACUUGACACGAUCUCUACAGCACUCACUUUACGGUGAUUUAGUAUUGGGUCGAUGGGGACCGGUAUCUCAAGGCGAUUGUUUUGUAUUGGCCAGUGAUAAUCUUAAUUGUUUAGUUCAUAUUAUUGAAUUGGGUAACGGUUUGGUCACAUUCCAAGUAAGAGGACUUGAAUUUAGAGGUACUUAUUGUCAACAAAGAGAAGUCGAAGCCAUUAGUGAAGGUGUCAGUGAAGAUGAGGGCUGUUGUUGUUGUGAACCCGGUCACAUCCCAGGAAUGUUGUCUAUAAAUGCGGCUUUUAAUCAGCGAUGGCUAUCGUGGGAAGUGACUCAUAUUAAGUAUGUUUUGGAAGGCUAUUCAAUAAGUGAUAAUUCGGCCCUAACUAUGCUACAGCCAUAUGACCUGAGAAAAGCGCUUAUUAUUUAUUACGUUAAAUCAGUUAUAUAUUAUUGUAUUAAAUCGAAAAGUUUGGACAAAUGGAUCACUAAUAAUGAGAUUAAAGAAGCAAACAAUUGUGUAAAAGAGCAAAAUUUUGUAGAACUCGAUCCCAUAUUUAAUGCCAGUGUUGAUGAAGACUAUGACUUCCGAAGCUCAGGCAUUACACGAAGCAGUUUUGGUAGUGUUUAUUUGGAUUGGAUUGUCUAUUGUUUGCGACAAAAAGUUAAACAAUCRAAGUCUGAAUGGGAACUAAAUGAUGAAAAGGAGAGCUCUAUUGUCUCGUUAUGUCUGAGUCUAAGUCUUUUGGCGAGACGUGCAUUGAGUGCCGCCUCUCAUCACAAUUCAUUCACAAGCGUUGAGUUCUUGUUGUUUGGAUUACACGCACUCUUUAAGGGAGACUUUAGAAUCACUUCGCCUAAAGACGAAUGGGUUUUCCAAGACAUGGAUCUCUUACGCAAAGUCAUAGCACCGGCAGUUCGAAUGGCUCUUAAACUGCAUCAAGACCACUUUAUGUCCACUGAGGAAUAUGAUGACAAUCCGACAUUAUAUGAUUCCAUACAGAACUAUGAGAUGAAUUUAGUUAUAUCACAUGAAGCUGAUCCCGCCUGGAGGAAUGCCGUCCUAUCUAAUGUUCCUUCAUUGUUGGCACUGAGGCGUGUGUUUGAUGACGGAGCCGAUCAGUAUAAGAUUAUUAUGUUAAACAAGAGAUACCUCAGCUUCAGAGUCAUAAAGAUCAAUAGAGAAUGUGUAAGAGGUUUAUGGGCCGGACAGCAACAGGAGUUGAUAUACUUCAGAAAUCGUAAUCCAGAGCGCGGUUCCAUUCAGAAUGCAAAACAGGCCUUAAGAAAUAUAAUAAAUUCGUCGUGUGAUCAGCCAAUUGGUUAUCCCAUAUAUGUAUCACCGCUGACCACUUCAUUUGGUGAAACCAGUGAACAAUUGAGUAAAGUUAUCGGUUAUCCCAUAACAUUAGCAAUGUUUAAGAGAGCUUUCCUACGAUUGUGGAGACGAAUGAGAACCCGUUGCGGUGAAGGCUGUUCUAGUGGUGGAACUGCUCUCAACUCCGAUUUCGGUGAACUCUCGUCGUCGACCACUUCUUGUCGAAGAAUUGAGUCGAUUGCACUCGAAAGAGUUCGGACUUCCAAUUAUAGUGAAUCUUCGGGUGAUUUCGAUUGCAAUCAAUAUCUAUAUCGACGAUCGCGAAGCCAAUUGCACGCCAUGUCAUACCAUCACUACAAGUAUUCGGACAGUAAAUCCAGUUCAAGACAGGCGUCAACUUUGGUUAACUUAAGCGCAUUUCGAGUGAUUCCUCAGACAAAUACUUUGGACAACGAUUUUGACUCCAUUUUAAUGAACACUAAUAGCAGUAACAAUACUAUCAAUAAUACUAAUACAAAUAGCAGUAAUAAAGUGAUUGUCGAUAAGUCAUCGCCGGUUAACUCGAAGGCAGAACUCGUGUAA